GGACGGUGAGGAACGGCCGCGGUGGCGUCGGCGGCCUGCCGGACUCAUUGGGCGCGUGGUGCGGAGGGAUACACCGGCCGGAGGGGAAGCGGAGCUAGCCAGGCGGAGGGCGGAGAAGGCGAAGCGCAGUGACGCCGUGUGACGGCCGGCCCGGCAACAUGGCCUCGGAGCUGGAGAGCCUCAACCCCAGCGCGCGGAUCAUGACCUUCCGCCCCACCAUGGAGCAGUUCCGCGACUUCAGCCGGUACAUCGCCUACGUGGAGUCGCAGGGCGCCCACCGCGCCGGGCUCGCCAAGAUCAUUCCUCCGAAGGAAUGGAAACCGCGAAGGUGUUACGAUGACAUUGAUGAACUGAUCAUCCCAGCCCCGAUCCAGCAGGUGGUGACUGGGCAGUCGGGCCUCUUCACACAGUACAACAUCCAGAAGAAGGCUAUGACAGUCCGAGAAUUUAGAAGAAUUGCAAACAGUGACAAAUACUGCACACCUCGGUACACAGACUUUGAAGACCUUGAGCGAAAGUACUGGAAGAACCUAACGUUCAAUGCCCCCAUCUAUGGUGCUGAUGUUAAUGGCACACUUUAUGAGAAGCAUGUAGACGCGUGGAAUAUCGGCAGACUGAACACAAUCUUGGAUAUCGUGGAGAAUGAAAGCGGCAUAACCAUUGAAGGAGUGAAUACUCCUUAUCUCUACUUCGGCAUGUGGAAAACUUCCUUUGCUUGGCAUACUGAGGACAUGGAUCUCUAUAGUAUUAAUUACUUGCAUUUUGGAGAACCCAAGUCAUGGUACUCUAUCCCUCCAGAACAUGGGAAGCGACUGGAGAGACUUGCGAAAGGUUUCUUUCCCGGAAGCGCCCAGAGCUGUGAAGCUUUUCUCCGUCACAAGAUGACCCUCAUCUCCCCAUCAAUUCUGAAGAAAUAUGGCAUCCCAUUUGAUAAGGUGACACAGGAGGCUGGUGAAUUCAUGAUAACUUUUCCUUAUAGUUAUCAUGCUGGCUUUAAUCAUGGAUUUAACUGUGCUGAAUCUACUAACUUCGCUACUCUUCGAUGGAUAGAGUAUGGGAAGCAGUCUGUACUGUGCUCAUGCCGGAAGGACAUGGUGAAGAUCUCUAUGGAUGUGUUUGUAAGAAAAUACCAGCCAGAUCGCUACAAGCUUUGGAAAGCUGGGAAGGACGUGACUGUCAUUGACCACACUCUUCCAACACCAGAGGCAGCAGAAUUCCUUAAAGGAGAUCUCAUGCAAAAAGUCAAGAGUGGGAAACAAUGCGCUGAGGAAAUGGAAACUGGGGAAACGUGUAAAGAGGAGGUGGACGGGGAUGAGACAAAAAGUGUGCCCAAGCAUCGUAUAGGAACUAAGAGGCAUAGAGUCUGCCUGGAAGUGCCUCAAGAGGUGAGUGAGAGUGAGGCCUUCCCCAAAGAGGAGCUGAGCUCUGUGCAGUAUGAAGUGGAUGUGGCAGAGCCUCCCGUGAGACCUACCAGUGGACUUGUGCAGCAGGGUGAACGCGGGUUCAAGCUUCCAGAUCGUGUGGACUCAUUGGCCAAAUUUGAAGAACUGAAAACUGUGAAGCUUGAGGAGGAAGAAGAGGAAGAGCAAGAAGCAGCUGCAUUAGAUCUCUCUAUUUCACAUGCUUCAAACUCCGUUUCAGCUCUGCCAGCUUCAAAGCUGAGUUCAACUUCCAGUGUUCGGCCCAGCUCACCAGCAUAUUCUGGUUCUUCAGACUGUGAAUCCACUGAUCUGUUGCCAAAAAGAACUCUUCCUGGGCCGGCUGGGGUGCUUACUGUCCAUAGCUAUGCUAAAGGAGAUGCCAAUGGAUCUGACAAUGAACAGACUUCGGGAAAGAAAGCCAGUGCUACAGCCAGUGUGAAUGAACAAGAACUGGCAGAGGUAGCGAAGGAGUACAUAAGAUCAAUGAAAGAGAGUAAAAAGUCCAAGGGCCGUCGCCAACCAUUGAGCAAGCUUCCACGCCAUCACCCGCUUUUGGUUAAAGACUGCAUUAGUGAUGAUGAGGCAUCAGAGCAACUAACUCCUGAAGAAGAGGCUGAGGAGACAGAAGCUUGGGCCAAACCACUUAGCCAGCUGUGGCAGAAUCGGCCACCCAAUUUUGAGGCUGAAAAAGAAUACAAUCGGACCAUGGCUCAACAGUCUCCAUACUGUGCUGUUUGUAUGCUCUUUCAGACAUACCAGGCAGAAUGUGGAGGCCACAGUCAAAACUCGGGGGCAGCUCCAAGUGCUGUGGAUGGGAAGAUCCGAACCAAGCCUCUAAUUCCUGAAAUGUGCUUUACUACAACUGGCUGCAGCACUGACCUCAAUCUCUCAACCCCUUACUUGGAAGAGGAUGGAACCAGCGUACUUAUCACCUGCAAGAACUGCCAUGUCUGUGUUCAUGCAAGUUGUUACGGUGUAUCCCCUGACAAGGCCACAGAAGAUUGGAUGUGCUCCAGGUGUACAGAGAAUGCCUUAGAAGAGGACUGCUGUUUGUGCUCGUUACGAGGAGGAGCGCUGCAGAGAGCCAAUGAUGACAAAUGGGUUCACGUGAUGUGUGCUGUAGCUGUAUUGGAGGCAAAAUUUGUGAACAUUGCAGAGCGCAGUCCUGUAGAUGUUGGCAAAAUCCCCUUGCAACGUUUCAGACUGAAGUGCAUCUUCUGCAAGAAGCGGAGAAAGAGAAUCGCAGGUUGCUGCGUACAGUGCUCCCAUGGUCGGUGUCCCACGUCCUUUCACGUCAGCUGUGCCCAAGCAGCAGGAGUCAUGAUGCAGCCUGAUGACUGGCCAUUUGUUGUCUUCAUUACUUGCUUCAGACAUAAGAUUCCAUCUCAGGCAGAGCGAGCCAAGGCUGCACUCCAGGAUCUGUCACCUGGACAAGUAGUCAUCAGCAAGCACAAGAAUGGUCGUUUCUAUCAAUGUGAAGUGGUCAGUCUUGCAAAGGAGACUUUCUACGAGGUGAACUUCGAUGAUGGCUCCUUCAGUGAUAACCUGUAUCCAGAGGAUAUUGUGAGUCGAGACUGUCUUCAGUUAGGUCCUCCUGCUGAAGGUGAAGUUGUGCAGGUGAGAUGGACAGAUGGACAAGUUUAUGGAGCCAAGUUUGUUGCAUCACAUGCCAUCCAGAUGUACCAGGUGGAGUUUGAAGAUGGAUCACAGUUGAUGGUGAAAAGGGAUGAUGUGUACACUCUUGAAGAGGAGCUUCCUAAGAGAGUCAAAUCAAGGCUGUCAAUAGCUUCAGAUAUGCGCUUCACAGAGAUCUUUGCAGAGAAGGAGGUCAGACAAGAGAGGAAGAGACAAAGAGUGAUCAAUUCACGCUACCGGGAAGAUUACAUUGAGCCUGCGUUGUACCGGGCUAUCAUGGAGUAAGCACUGCCUGUGGCAGAGGAAGAAGAUGCCCACAUCCCCAAGGAUUUAAAUGCUCCAGUACAACAGGCCAUAUUUGGAUGCUUCAAAUCCAGGGUGUUUUUGUUUUGUUUUUUUUUUAAGGAAGCUAAAAAGCUGAUGCUCUGCAGUAGCUGAAAGCCAGCUGUUGGAUAGUGAAACAGAUCCCGUUUGCUGAAGCUGAUGCCUGCAGGCUCCUGGUCUGAAGUUGGGUCCUCACUGAAUAAGCCAGCUUGGGGGUGCUGCUUUCAUCUCGUCAAGCAGUCUUGCUUUUUUUUUUUUUUUAAUUAGAGACGAUUUUGACAGGUGGCAAACUCUUCUGGGAGUUGUAGCCAGGAAUCUUGGCAGCUGCAGAGUAGUACAAAAUGUAUUGUUUUAAUUGAAUAAUGUUCCUGAUUUGGGGAGUCUCCCUGGUGGCCACACCUGGGCUUGAGCAGGCAGUAUUACUGGUGCUUGACAUUGAACCUCUUUUUAUAUUUAUAUCCAUCUUUUUGUCUCAAGCAGCUUUAGCCUCUUGUUUCUCAGCACCUCCUCUCUGAGGCUUGAGCUGUGGGCUGUUCAGGUCCAAGCAGACAGGAGGUGCUUGUAUGAACAGGUGAAAUGUGAAAUUGAAUCCUAUUGGACAAAUUAUUUAACCCUCCAUAAUACUUUUGUUCUGAUACUUGUUUUGACUUACUCAUAAUUUUAACUGUAACAGUAUGUGCCUCAGUACCAACAAAAUCUGUCUCAAGCCCUGUGCAGUGCAGCUUUCUAACAAGAAUACACAUUCAGCUCCCAAAGAGUUUCUUUCUAGGUUUUCCCCCCACUAGGGCAAUAAUGACCAAAAGGACAGAGUCCUAACUUCCCUCCUUGAGAUCUAAGCAUCACAGUAUUGGGUAUGACAGGGCAGCAGUAUUUGAAGCAGCAUGGCACCUCUUCUGUAGCAGCCCUUUGUAUGGCCACAGGCUUUUGCUUAUAACAGUUAGAUCUGGCUCAGAGAGGUACAGCAUGCACUGAACUGUAUGUAUUACUGAAAGACUGCGUAAUGCCCUUCUGAAGCAGGAGUGCUGCCAUGUUGCUGUCUGGCAAAGGUUACUGCAGUGUUUUUAUAGAGAGUGAGUAAGUAGGGCACAUCUCAGUCAUGCUGGAGAGAAUUUCCUAUCCCAGCAAUAGGAAGCUGAAUUAAGUUGGGUGGUAGGUAUAUCCUGAAGAUGUGUUAACUUGCUCCUGUUAGUUUAAGCAUUAUCACAGUGCAGCAAGAGCUAUGUAAACAUGUGUUCCUUCCCAUUCCUUAGGAAAGGGAUUUUAGGCCAUGGAGCAAGUUGGCUGCCUUCCUUUGCAUGAAAUGACUGGGUGAUUUUCCUGCUGGAGGAAGAAAAAGGUUACGUUUUCUCCAAAAGCAGUUUGAGAGGAGAAUCUUGUAGUGAAACAGACCUAGUGCAUCCCUGCUCUACAGGGACAUGGCAAUGUGUCUGCAAAAUCUGGAUUUGUAAGUUUUUUUCCUUUGUUACAUAAGAACGCUAUAAACCAAACUAUUCUGAAACCCCAGAGCAUCAGUUUGUGAUUAGCAAUAAAAUGUAGUAUUGUGUAGUGAUACAACUCUUGAUCAGAAAAGUAAUAAACUACAACUUUUUUUAAAAAAAAACUCACUUAUCCCUACAUUUUUAUAGGAUCAGGAGGCUGAUAUGCGUAGCGAAGAUUUGCACAACUGCUGUUUUGCAUAGAGGUUUUUCUGUACAAGGUUUGUGGCAGAAUACCUUAUUCAUCAGUAUUGGAAGACUUGAGAUUCUUGAAGGGGAUAGUGGCUUUCUUUUGUAUAUUUUCCCGUAUCCAAAAUUCCUGGUUGCUCUCAGGGUAUUAGAUCAUUUUCUAAUGGUUGAAGUAGUUUAUUUGAUAAAACUAGGAUCUGGGAAAGCCAGAGCUUAGUAGCCGCAAGUGCUCAGCCUAAGCAAUGAGAACAGAACUGCACUUUCUCUUAGUCUGUGUGUAAGCCUCUCUGGAGUGUUCUACUGUUAGCAAAUGUGAAGAAAAGCUUGCAGUGUCUGCACAAAUUUGCCUCUCUUCUUUCAGCGUACUUAGGCUGAACACUAACCUGCGUAUUACUGAAAAACAGUCUUUGCAUCAUCUCCUGUUUUCCCUCCAGGGAGAAAAGUUGUUGGUGUUCAGACUUUCUUGACAGACUACUAUAUAACUUAAAUGGACUGUUCCCUCUGAAGUGCUUGUGCUACAAACAACUGGCUAUAAACAGCAUCAUCCUGAAAUGAUGACCUAGUGCAAAGCAGCUGAAUUUGUUUGAAAAGUUUCAGCUGCAGCAGGUUUUGCUGCCCACCUCUUAACAGAACUGAUGUGGGUUUUGAUUUUUUCCUUCCCCUCCAAGAGUGUCUGUGCCUGGUAUUUGUUUUCGAACAGGAGCUUUGUUCUGCUGCGUUUUCUGCAGACUCCAGGCUCAUGCUCUUGUCAGUUGGCUGCACUGUAUUGGAAAUGGCUGCUAUCCUGCUGCACUCGAAGACAAAGGACCUUCCCAAUUUGCUUGUCAGUUCUUGUGCCACACAAUUUAAAUGUGAAUAUACUUCAUCCCAGUGCAGUGAUGGAACUGCAUAUUGGCUUAUAUCCAUGAACUUAAAACAAAAUUGGAGACCCUGGCUUUGGGAUCUGUAGUAUUAGUGUAUAGUGUUUGGUAAGUAGACUUAAAAAAAUCAUGGGAUUUAUGGCUUGAGGUGUUAAAACAGUGAGCAGAUACCUCAAAGAUACAUAUGCUUUGAAUUAUCCAGACUUGCAGAACUUGACUGAUUGCAGUUUUCUUCGGUAGUUUGUGUUGGGAAGUGUAUUUAUUCCUGUUACAGAAUCAUUCCAGUGAGGGGACAGUGCUGCUGGAGUAUGAACUGGGCAGGUGUUUCUUGAAUGCGUUCAUUAGAAGGUCAUGCUCAAUGCACCCUGCGGGAACUCUGCUGGCCGCUUGUUAGAUCCAUUGCAUGUGAUGUUGCAGGCAACAGACUUCCUCACCUCACUUUUCAUGAAAUUUCUAUUUGUGGCUGGUUCAAGUUGGACCCAUAAAAGGCAUUUUUAUUAUAAACAAAUAGUGGCCUGCCCUCAAUUCAGGGUGAGGUUGGCAAGCUAGUGAUUACUUUUUAUAAGAUUUAAAAAGGAGACUAUCUUCUUUGUAAAGCACCUGAUUGCAGUAAUGUUUCUGCCUGUGGCUGGGCUUCUAGGAGACCUCUUGUUCCAUCAGCAGACCCCUCAGAUGACCAGAGACAGUACCUUCAGUAAUAGAAUCUAUUUGCUUUGUUCCUUUUCUCUCUCCCCAGUUUUUUGAGUUGGGGUUGAACUGUUUCUGCGCUGUUUGAGGAGUGUGGCCCGUCAACUGAUCACCUAUUCCAAAGCUUUCAUGCAUCUCUGCUCUUCCAUUUUCUAACUGGGCUCCUGCUGUCUGACAUACCUGCAGUUGUGCGGUUUUUUCAUUUUUUUAAUGCAAACGUGGGAUGAAAACAAGACUCUGGUAGCCUGUAUAUUGUUUUCAGUUUGAUCAAGUAAUAAAUCUAAUUUCAAAACAGACAA